AUGUACACGAACUUGACCGUAAACUGUUCUGAACUCGACCAGAAAUUGGAUGAAACUAGAACGGAACUUGACACAAUUUCACUUGACUGCAACUUAACCGAACUCGACCGAAGCUUGGUCGGAACUCGAGAGGCUCUCAAGCGGAAUUUCACUGUUUCUCGAAUUUGUCUGCUCUACAGCAGCUUGGCCCGAACUCGAAAGGAACUUUUUCUCAAAUUGAGCCCAAUUUGA